AAAUUGACACAUUUGGACUUAUCCGGUUCAGCGAUUGAAAGACCUGAUAUUUUCGCGAGUAUUUUGAGGAGAUGUACAAAACUUGAGGGUGUGAGUCUGGAGCAUCGUCGAAUAAACGAUGAUGUUUGUGCGGCGUUGAGUCGAAAUGAAGAACUACGAUAUCUGGCUCUUACGAUGUGUGAGGGAUUAACGCAUAAUGGAUUAAAAACCAUUUUACAAGGUUGCCGCAGAUUACUGGAGCUGAAUCUGGCGUGGACUAGCUUGGCUGAGAAUCACGUGGCCGUUGCGCUCGAGCUAAUGCCUCGCGGUUUGAAACGUUUGAAUCUGUCUGGGAUUCGUGAGGCGGACGCCUUAAUCGAUGAGGGUUCGUUCGUUUAUGGUGCAUCACAUCUUUAUUUGAAAUAG